AUGGUCUCAACCUUCCCGAUGCAAGCAUUCUACAGAGCGCCGUUAGCGGUCGACACCAACCACGCCCAAAAAUACUUCGAAGAGGAUUCUGCCAGCAUAUUAGACGAGAACAUUCUCGACCACGGCGCACUUGACUCAGCCUUGGAGAUGUCGCCAGUCAUGGCCGACAGCAGGAGAGACUCGUUUGCUGUCUCCUCAUCCCUCUUCUCGCCCAAAACCGAAGAAUGGCAUACCUCAGACAUGCAGUCGGUACCGUCAAACAACCCUUUCUUUGAGCCGCCGCACAGCAACAACCCCUUCAUGCGCCUCGAGCAACACCAGCCGCCAGCCGCCGCAUACGGUACCCAAGGUACAUCAUGGCCCAUGAGCACCUCGGGAACUGCCACUCCUCUCCAAGCCUUCGACGGCCUACCCACCGAGUUCGACUCACAUGCGUCAAUCUUCCAAAGGCCGCCAACUAUGCAAGGCCCAGCAACAUUCGGCAACACUGGCAACCAGAUCGCCAUGUUCCAGCAGCUCGCCCACGCGGACAGCCAAUCCAUUCCCACGUCGCCCCAGAAGAACGACUGGAUCAGCCAGGGCCUCAAGGACCAGGCCAUGGUCAAGAGGCAUCGCCCGGCGGGCGACAUCAUCCGCUCCCACAACGAGCUGCGCAGAGGGGAUGGCAUCCGGAAGAAGAAUGCCCGCUUCGACAUACCCGCCGAGCGGAACCUCAGCAACAUCGACCAUCUGAUUGCGCAGUCAACGGAUGAGCAGGAGAUCAAGGAGCUCAAGCAACAAAAGAGAUUGUUGCGCAACCGGCAGGCAGCUCUCGACUCCAGGCAGCGGAAAAAGCAGCACACGGAGCGGCUUGAAGACGAGAAGAAGCAAUACACCGAAGUCAUCGGCCAGAUGGAGCAGGAGAUGGACACUCUCAAGACCCAGAUGGAGCAGCUCCUCCGGGAGAAGCAGCAGUACACCGAGUACAUCGAGAACCUCAACCUCGAAAAGGAGGACAUGAUCAGCGCUCACACCAUCGAGACGGGCGAGUUGCGGAAGAAGAUCAGCGUCCUGACGAACCACGUCCAGAGGCUCGAGGGCGCGGCCAUGUCUGCAGCACCUCCCGUGCCAACAAAUCCCACGGGCUUCCCUGGCGCCUUCGGCAGCGAGAUGGAAGGUCUCGCAAUGGAUGCGUCCUGGGAUAACCUGCCGCUGUUCGGCGACUUCGCACUGGAGCACCCUGCCGAGGUCAAGCAGGAGAUGCAGGUCAUCUCGGUCAAGAAGCCCGAGGUCCCACUGCCCACCGAUGUGGAGAAGCCCGCCCAACAAGGCGGCCUGCUCUUCAUGCUCUUCCUUGUCGGCGCCUUCGUCCUCUCGAGCCGGUCGACGCCCCCCAUUCCCCGCGUGUCGGAAGACGUUCGCGCCGCCUCGGCCACUCUUCUGGAGAACGUGCUCAAGGACGCUGGUGUCCCUCAAUCGUCAUCGGGUUUGGGGCAGAUGGCCCCUCAGCCGUCCGGUACCGCAUGGGCCAGGGCACCUGCUCCGUCGAUGGCUAUGGGGAGCUCUGACAUGGAGGGUGUUACCUCAUCCAUGCUUGGCGAGCUGACCGACGCCCUCAUCCAACCGACACAAGAACAGACCAACGAACAAGUCUUCUCAAUCUCUGCCGCUCAGUAUAACGGUGUCAACUCCCAGGAUUUCAUGCAGGACGCCCCUGCAGAGCGAUCCACCAGCCAAGGCAGGCGCAACCUGGCCGAGGCCCUCGCUAAUAUGCGCAACAAUAACAAGAACUCGGCUGCCGAGGUCUAUACCCGCUCACUGCUGUGGGACCAGAUCCCGGGCGAUGUUGUCCGGAGAUUUGCGAAGAUGGUGGCGGAGUGCAACACUCAGAGCGGAGGACAGCAGCUAUGCAGUAACGACGGAGAGAUGUGA